UAAAUUUCUUAUUGUGAUAUGGUAACAUGAGCAAGGAAGGUCAUUUUUUUCCCUCCUGAUAACAGACGGUAAACUCCUGAAAAAAAUUGCCCUUUCAGGAGUUUACCGUCUGUUAGGAAAGCAUUAGGAUUAAGAAUUGCCCGUCCCCCUUCGAUCUAAUCUAGUAUAGGAAACCAGAUAACAGAAGAUAAACUCCUAAAUAACAGUCAUAUAAGAAUUAGGAUUAAGCGGUAAAUCCCAAGUCAAAUAGGACAAGGCUACCUACACCUUUCCCUUCCCCACACGGAAAUAGGAAUUGGUGCCUAUAUAUAUGACGCUCACGACGGGAAGAAAAGCAUAAUAGUUUAAGCUUUCUCCGCUCCCCUGCACAGAGCACCAUUAGCGAUUCAAGAAGACCCUAUUUAGGUUCUAGGUUAGCCUUUCUCUUCUCCCUGCAGAGAGCGACGUUAGCGAUUCAGCUUGUUUAAGCUUUACGCUUUCUCCUCCCGUGCAGAGUGCAAAGUUAGUGAUUUAGGGCUUUCUUGUUUUUCUAACCUUCCACUUUAAGAUCUUACGCGGUAAGAUCUUAGUGUUUUGGUUGUUUUUUUUCCUCACCAGCAAGCAGAUUAUGGAGAAGAUGACAUUGGAUUCGAAGGAAUAUGAGUUGAAGAAGAACAGUAUGAGAAAGAUGUACGAGAGCUUGCACUCCCAAGCAUCUUCCGUGCUAGUCUUCACCCUUCAGUGGAAGGAACUGGAGGGAUGCUUAGAUUCGAUCCGGGAUGCGACCCAGACCCGACUCGAAGAGCUCCAUGAACGAGAGCAGCAGUUGGAUGCCAAAGAGUUAAAGAUGGAGUCCAAAGCAAAUGAGUUCCAGGAACGAGAGAAGCAGUUGGAGGCCAAAGAGUUAAAGAUCCAGUCCGAAGUCAAUGAGGCGUUUGGACUCGAAAAGCUGAUUAAGGAGAAACAAAAAGAGGCUCUAGACAGCAAGAACUACUUGAAUUCGCUCCAGUUAUCGAUCAAAGAGCAUACCGAAUCAGAGAAAGAGCUUGGAGCCAAGGAAAGACAAAUAGAGAGACGAAUUCAAGAAUUGAAUGGGGUUGAGAGGAAUAUAGAAGAGAAGUUGAAGAAAUCUCGUGAGGAACUGAAUCAGAUUCAGAGGGGGAUUAAGGAGCAGGGUGUAGAAUGUGAUUUGAAAGAAAAGCAAAUUAAAGCGAAACAGGAGAAAUUGAAUCAGAUUGAGAAGAAUAUCGAAGAGAAGUUGAAAUUGGCAAUUGAGGAGGAGAAGAAAGCAUUUGAUCUGAAACAAGAGCGUGUUAAAGAAGAGCAGAAACUGAGAGAUGAGAGACUGCAAGAGGAGGAGAAGUUGAAAGAGCACAAGAAAUCAGUAGUGGAAGCCUCUAAGACACUCAAGUCAAGAGAGGAAAUAAAGAGGGAACUAGAACUGAAAGUGAAAGAUCAUUGCUCGCGAAAGAAAUCAAUGGAGGAGUGGUCCUGUAAUCUCGAACGUAAAGAGAGAGAAUUAGAAUUGAAAGAGAAGCAAGUUUUGUCAAAAGCUGAGGAACUUGACUCGCUUAAUAAAAGGACCCUCAAUGAGUUUCAGUUGAUGGAAAAGGAACUUAGUUCAGUCGAAAGUACGUUACAAGAACGUGAAAAGAAAUUGGAAGCAGACUCCCAGCGACUUCAAGUGAAACAGUGGCAACUUGAAGUGAAGAGUGAAACAAUGGAAAAGUUGCAGCAAGAAUGCAAAAAGCAACUUGAAGCGAGAGAGAGACAACUUGAAGUAAAAAGUAAUACAAUGGAAAAAUUGCAUCAAGAACGCGAAAAGAAACUUGAAGUAAAAGAGAGACUACUUGAAGAGCAGAGCAAAGAGCUUGAAAUGACAAAGAAACAAUUUGGUUGUCACAUGAAAGUCAAAAGUGAGCCACUGGAAAAUACCCCAGCUGCUAACAAUGCCAUUGUUUCUGCAUCUGCAAGUGAUCAUUCCAAAAUCAAUAUCAGGGAUGGUAGAGGCUUGCAACUAUUCAUGUAUGAGCAUAUGAAGAGAAAUGAUUCAGUGAGCAAAGAAAUCUCAGCUGUUCUUCAACAAGAGUCAUUAGAGCCAGCAAAAUUGGUUUUGGAUGCAAUGGAAGGGUUUCACCCUUCAAAUUCGAUUGUGGACAAUAGGGAGUUUGAUUUGGUAAUUAUUAGAAGGACAUGUAUUCUUUUGUUGGAAGAGUUAAAGAGAGUCUCGGCGCAAAUUAAUCCUCAGGUGAGAGGACAAGCAAUGAAGUUGGCCGGUGAUUGGAAGGCUAAGAUGACGGUGGGGACUGAGAAUUGGUUAGAGGUUUUGGGAUUUUUGCGGCUUGUUACUACAUAUGAAUUGACCUCUGCCUAUGAUGCAAAUGAGCUUCAAGGUCUUCUUGAUAUAGUAGCUCAACAUGAACAAGCAACUGAAUUAUCCCGAGCCCUUGGUACCACAGAUAAGGCAGCUGCCAACAACGUUAUUGUUGCAUCUGUCAAAAAUGAGAAAGCAGAAUCGCCUGCACGAGCAACUUUUUCUUCUCCAAUUCUUCAACCAACUGCCAAGAACAACAUUAUUGUUGCUCCUGUCACAACUAAGAAAGCUCCUGAUGUCGAAACUAAGAAUGCAAAAACUUCUGCAGCAGCAAUCUUUUCUUCUCCUAAUCUUCAACCAGCUACCACUGUCCCAGCUAAUGCUGUUAUUGCUAUUCAGAAUUUUAUUACAGAGAAGAAACUGGUUAAGGCUUAUGGACGCAUUCACAAGUUCAAGUUAUUAGACAAGUUCCCUCCAGCUCAAGUCUUAAAAGAAUAUGUUGAGAAGGCCAUGAAGUGCAUGGAAAAUAGCGAGAGAAAAGAAAUGCUCCAUCAACAGGAUCAGGUUGUAGACGAAGGAAUAUCUGAUCUGCGACGUGCUAUUGAAUGCAUCAAGCAUCACAACCUUGAGUCUGAAUACCCUUCUGAGAGCAUUGAGAAACAAAUAGUUGUGCUACAGAAAUUUAUGGAGGAUCGGAGCAACCAAAAUCAGAAAAAACGCUCAUGCAGCACAAUUGAUUCCAUCUUUCAACAGCAGGAACAUAAAUUUCAGCGGACAUCCUUAUCAGCGGGGAGACCAUAUGGAUUGCACCCUGUCUAUCCGAAUCCAGGUUCAUCAUUUUACAAUGGACAGUUUAGUAUUCCUUCCAACAAUCCCGUGCAGUUUAGCAUGCCUGCCAACGGCGUUAAUUAUGAGUUCCCUAGAAUAUAUCCGUUCCCUCCAUACCCUCGCCCUCUUGUAUAUAGACACCCUGGGUAUGGCCUUCAAAAGCCAUAUUGA